GGGAGGAAAUGAAAGGGGAGAGUGGGUGGGGAGGAGGAGGGGAGAAGUGGGGCAGAGUAGGUAGGGAGAAGGGGAGAGGACCCCGCCCUGCCAGCACGGAGCAGCCGCGGUGACUGACGGCUUAGGGUUAACACCUCCUUCUAGGCGGCAGCAGAGCCUGGGCUAGCUGGUAAAGGCGGGGAGGGAGGAAGAAAGAGAGUGAGAGCGAGGGGUAGAGAGGGCUCGCGGUAAGGAGCAUGUGCUAGGGAGUCCAGUAACCAGGGACAACCACAGCAACAGAGCUCCCUUGGAGGAGGAGAAGAAGGAGGAGGAGGAGGAGGAGGAGGAGAAGGAGGAGGAGGAAGAAGAGAGCUGCUCCGCAGCCCCGCGCCCCCGCGCCCCCGCGCCUCCGGGCCUCCUCCAGGAGCCAGCACACUGAGCAGAGCCCCGCGGGCGGGCGGCAGGAUUUGGGAACUGUAGGUGGAGAGGGACUAAGGCUACCGCCCCCAGGCCUGCAGAGCCAGCUCCCCGCGGGCUGGGGAUGUAAAAGCCUUUCCGGAUCUCUGUUCCCGGCCUCACUCGGAGUCCCUCCAGGAGCCCAGGGCGCGCAGAGCUCAGCGAGCUAGGACCUAGGUCCAGGACCGAGAGAGCUGGAGACAAAGACACCCUAGAGCCCCCCGCCCCUGCCCCUGCCCCUGCCCCUGUCCCUACCUCCGCCUGCCGGUCCCCUGCUCCGAGCCGGUGCAGGGCCGCCUAGGACAAGCCCCCGCGGCGGGACAGGGGAGAGCCGGCUGGGCCCGGAGCCGCUCCGGGGUUUAUGCCCUAGUCGGUUCGGGCCCGGCGGGGGACGUGGCCGCAGAGGAUGGGGAAAUCCAACAGCAAGUUAAAGCCCGAAGUAGUAGAAGAACUGACCAGGAAGACCUACUUUACUGAGAAGGAAGUCCAGCAGUGGUACAAAGGCUUCAUCAAGGAUUGUCCCAGUGGCCAGUUGGAUGCUGCAGGAUUCCAGAAGAUCUACAAACAAUUCUUCCCCUUUGGUGACCCCACCAAGUUUGCUACGUUUGUUUUCAAUGUCUUUGAUGAAAACAAAGAUGGAAGGAUAGAGUUCUCGGAGUUCAUCCAGGCACUGUCGGUGACCUCUCGGGGGACCUUGGAUGAGAAGCUGAGAUGGGCAUUCAAGCUAUAUGACUUGGAUAAUGAUGGCUACAUCACAAGGAAUGAGAUGCUGGACAUUGUAGAUGCCAUUUACCAGAUGGUGGGUAACACUGUGGAGCUUCCAGAAGAGGAGAACACCCCAGAAAAGAGGGUGGAUCGGAUCUUUGCCAUGAUGGACAAGAAUUCAGAUGGAAAGCUGACACUUCAGGAGUUCCAGGAGGGUUCAAAGGCUGACCCUUCCAUUGUCCAGGCACUCUCCCUCUAUGAUGGGCUUGUAUAGUCCUAGGGCCAGAGCAGGGAUGCCUGCAGACCACCUGCCUCCCUCUGUGCCAUCAGACCACCUCAGUAAUGAAGCUCGUCCACUUAUCUCUCUCCAGCCUUCCUUUACGCACAGCAGGGCUGCACACGAAAUGUGAGGUCCCUUUCCCCCAUUCCUUCUCACCCUCCGCAUCCCCUUACUGUGCCCUGAAGUCACUGUCUCCAUUUGCCAACUUCUGCUUGUCGGAGGAAAAACAGCGGCGAUUAUCUGCAGAACAAGGACACCUACUGCAUCACAGAAGAGCCUCAUUGUUUUCUCUCUCAUGCCCAUGCUUUUAUUUUUUAUUUGGAACAGACAUUUUUAAAAAUGCCCUUCUGUUCUAGAAAAUGUAGACUGAAGAAUGAUGAUGGCCCUGGGUUACUCAGAAAAAAAAAUGCUCCAGCUUCCUUCCUAUUGGUGGCUGGAAAGAUUGUUGGGAAAAUAUGGCUUUGGUUCUUGGAUUGGGCCAGAUGUGUUUGGGAGAUGAUUGAUGUUUCUUUGUCAUCCAGUCCUUUUAGCAGCAGAACAACCUGCGUGGCUAGGAUGAUUUAUUAUUAUUAAUUUUUAUCAUUAUUAUUUUUCGUGAUAUCAGUAUUGUGUUUUUUUGUGGGAAAGUGAGUUUUUUUUAUACAUAUAUAUGAUCAAUAUCUUUAUUUAUUGGUUGUUAACUGUUGCUGCUGUCUGGUAUGUCUGAGCCCCAAGUGUCCAGGGGCAAAACGUUUACAUGUGCACGCGCGCCCCCCCAUGCUCGCUCAGGAGGACGGUGGCCCACAGUGGCCAAGAAGCCAAAAAUACUUUCCCAGAUACUGUGCUUGGUUUUUGGACUGGGGUUAGGGAUGAAAUUCAUAAAAGGGUUACAUACCCAUCUCUCUUCCAGAUGCUUGCUUCCCUGGGUUCCCUUGCAUCCUCACUGCUUUCUGCUUUCCCUUAUCUGUCUUCCUUUCUUCUCCCCUUCCCCCAAGCAUUCUUCUGCACGACUCUCAUGCUCAUGCUCAGAGAGAGACCCCAGCUGCUUUUGCAUUCAGAUUUUCAUUUAGCCUGGAUGCCUUUCUCGCUUCUUGCUUUUGUGUCUUGGGCAGAUUAGAGAAAUUGAGUUUCUUCAAAGGUUGCACCAAAAAAGACUGUUUUGGGGAAAGAACUCAAUGGAUUCUUUUAGCAGAGAGUUUAGGGAACGGGAAAUUCAUUGUGUUCACAGAAGAGUGAAGAGCUGCUGUUAGCCAAAAACUUAAGUAUUCCUCUCCCUUUUGGGAGGCUUGCAAAUGAUUCCCAAAUCUUCCCACUCAGCAUAUUCCCUCCUCCCCUGAUCCUUCCUUUCCAGAGGAAAGACACAGAAAUUUAAAUAUCUACAGUCCUGUGGGUCACACAUAGUAGACACUUACCUAAAUGUUUAUUGAACAAGAUAUUGAACAAGUUUAUGUCCCAGGAUCCAGUGUGUGAACAAUCAUGGGGAAAGAAGCUUGCUCAGAGGGGUAGUUGCCCAUCAAUUUGACUCAAUUGGACAAUCAUUUGUUUAGCUUCUACCAAGUGCAGGGUGGCAGGCCCUGUGAAUAUGAAGACAAAAACAAAACAUUCCUGGACCUCAAGGGGUUUACAUUCUAUUGAGUAUCAGGCAGCAGACUUGUAUGUCUUGGCAGGGAAAUCUCUAACCUCUUUCUGGAAGUUGAGAAAAAUAGCUAAACCACGACAUUCUAGAAAGUGUUGCCAAAGCUUUUAGUGGGAAGGACAAACAGAAAACCAGCCAGAGAGUUCCAUGGCUGAUGCCAUGUGACUUUCUGUUUCCUUUGAUGUUUGAUGAAUGUUCUGCCAUCUUGUUUUUCCUUUGAGUCUAAAAUGGGGAGGAUAAUGUGUGAGGCCUGGCUGUUUACAGCUGUUAGCACUUUCCCUUAGCCAGAUGAUUGGGAAGUGUUAUGACUGGCCUGUAGGGAGCAUGCCUUAUAAAUUCAGUCCUAUUGCAGUGACAAUUAAUGUCAAUCACCUAAGAAUUAGCAUCCUGGUCUUUCUGUUUUUAUUCUCCUACUAUCCCUGCCCUGACCAACUGUUACGGAGUUGACCUUGGAAAUAGCUGGCACCCAGCAUGACUUGGUUGACAUCUGCCCUUACCUGAAACCCUAGUCCCUCUGUGGGCAGAUAACCUUGGACAUUUUGGAGGCCACAUCCCUCUCUCCCUCUCCAUAGUUCUUUGUCUCUUCCACCCUUCUCUGACAAAGAUAUCUCUUUUGGGGAAGGGACAUUCUGGACUUGGUGACUGAUCACCCUAUCUAAACACUCUGCUAUGUCUUCCUUUUGAUAUCUAGAGUUUUAGAACCCACAUAGGACUCAAACCCAAAGCUUCCCCUACAGCCACUGAUCCCCUUGCCCUAAAACCCCAACCAUCCUCUUUCUUGGGGGUUUUGUGGGCUGUCUUUCCUUCCCCCUCCACGAUGCCCCCGUCUCAGUGCUGUUUUGUUAUGUGAAUUGCAGCUAGUUUUGAUUUCUUAACCAGAUCUUCACCUUUUAUUUUACCUCCAGGGGACUGAGGGUGGGAUCAGAGGAAUCUCAUGACUUUAUUCUCUGGUAUUUUCAAGGGUCUCCUUUCCUCCCUGGGGAAAGUCCUUCUUAUACAGCUCAGGCUUGUUCUCCCCUCCCAAGAACCUCGACAUACUUGGGGAGGGGAUUGGGUAUGAGCAAAUUAGGGAGUGAGUCCUUAUUCUCUCCAAACCAAGGAAGACCCUUUCUGGUUAAGUUUUCUCUCUUUGCCUACUCCCUAAAGAGCUCUCUUACCUUUCUCUUGGCUGUGAUGCUGGGUAAGGAAUCUUCUUCAGCUCAACCAGAUGGGUUGUUGAGAAAUUUCUUGGGUCAGAGAUUGAGUAGGCACUGUUGUUUAAGCCUGUAUUCCUCCUGACCCAUUUUUGGGCUCUCUCAGCUCCCAUAGUCAUCUCCUACCAUGGGCAGCACCUUUGUUGCACUAGCCAUGGAAAGAUACUUCUGCCAGCUCUCUCCUGAAUGCUGAAGGAUGGGUUUCUAGGGUUUCAAUUGGCAAAGACAGCUGGGCUGGGCCAGAGAAUUCUACAUGGGAGCAACCUUCCCCUUCUUAAGCUCCCUGACCAGAUGUUAAAGACCACAUGAGACAGAAAAUUACUAGCGUCAAGCAGAGACAGUGUCAUUUAGUGGAAAUCAGACUUGGGUUCAAGUUCCAUUUCUGCCCCCUAUUUGCUUUGUGAUCUUGGGCAAGCUGCUUCCCUUCUCGGGGCCUCAGUUUCCUUAUGGGUAAAAUGAGGGAGUUGGACUAGACAAAUCUCUAUGGUCUCUUUUAGCUCUAAGGUAUCAUGAGUCUGAGCUCUGAUGUUCUAUGAAAUGGACAUUUGAGGUCACAGGCUCAGGACCCACAAAAGCUCUAGGGAUAACUUUUCUCUUGUUCCAUUCAGUCCCUUGAUCCAGGGCUCUACAAGAGAAGUAACCAUCAGUCAAUAAUAUCUGGGUCCUCUGAUAGCUUAAGAGAAGCCCUCUCCCCCCAGUUAACGAAUUAGGUCUCUCUUUUCCUUACUGUGCUCUGAAGUCCUUAGUCAUGCCUGAGGCAGGGCUGGUUAUCUGUCUGGCUUUCUUUGGAUUUGGUUCUUUCAAAGGGAAGAUGAGCAGUAACUAGCCAGGGUAGAUUAUGAUUGGUGGUAAGGUAAUGUUUGUUUUCCUUCACUCCCCCCCCCACCCCCCUUCCUCUUUGUGAAUUAAAAAAAAAUCAACAGCUUUCUGGCUCUCUCUUCCCCAACCAGCACUGCAGUGCAGAGUUUCCUUUGGUGAUAUUCUCACCCAUGGAAAGAGAGGGAGGCAGCUGACAGACAUGCCAACUUGCCUGUGAUUUCAAGCUCUUCAUUACUUUUCGCAUUUUUCUCUUGUGGACUAUAUCCUCACAAGCAAUUGACAAGCUGAUCUUUAGCGGAUGGGUCCUUCCUCCAUGUUAUAGGGGGGUUAGCUGAUAUGGAUGCUAUAUACCAAUGCAGUGUUUGAUGAAGCCUAAAAAAAUCCCCUGAUAACUGUAAAUAUUUCUUGGUGAAUUGAGGGAAAGGGAGGGAAUAUGCAUUUAUAUAGUACCUACUAUGUGCCAGACACUGUGCUGAGUGCUUUACAAAUAUUAUUUCAUUUGAAUUAAGAUUUCCUUUGGGUACAAUGUCUCCUCCCUGUCCCACCUCAGACUAAAUUUGGGAUGAGUUUCUUGGAGUCUUUCAAUGGCUUUCAAUUGGGGCCAUAUAUAGAUGGCUUCUGAAUGGCAAGAUUUGGAAAGGUUAACCCCCAUUGCUGCUCUUGAAUUGUUCUUGUGAAUAAUACUGUGUUUUCUUCUUCUGACCUCUUAUGGAAGGGAUUCUGUGUGUCUUGGCUCAUCAGAUUGUGGUUUUGGAGUAAGUGGUGGUGGGGGAUGGGUGGGUAUCAUUUCAUUCAUGCCUUCUUAUACAUAAGACCAUUUUUGUGUCCUGUGAGACCUACUUGAGGUACCAGGGGUUAGGACAUGGAAUCUUGAGAGUUGUGCUGCCCCUUCUUUAAGUGACCCCAGGGAAGUUCUUUCCCUUUUGCUUUUUACUCAGUUUCCCUAUCUGUGAAGUGGGGAUGAUGCCAAUUUAUAGCCUGCCUUGAAAGAGGUCAUGCUGAGUAUCAAAGAUUUUCCUGAACAUUAGGAUUAAGGAUGAGUAGUGUGGAGUAUGUCUCUAGAAGGCUCUCCAUGCCCUCUUCCCUCCUGCUCUUAGUGACAUGCAUGUCCCACAAAGGUAGCACAAUGCUUUCCAAGAAGACCAUUCUUAUCUUGCUGGUGGAGAUGUGGGUCAUUUAUUUCCUUGCUCCAAUUUGUAUAGUGCGGGUCCAUCUCGAUGAUAGAUCCGCAUAGAAAGCAUCACUCCAUUCUUUCCCUAUUAUCUUCCACCCCCCACUUAGCCUGGCUCCUUUCUUUUGCAAGUCCUCCAGUCCACAAAUCCUUUAUUUUGUGUCCCAGCCUCUGAAGGAAUUCCUUCCAUUUCUACUGUUAUUUCUGUGUGAUGCCUGGACCCAUUUUAGAGCUGCUUCUCUGGAUCCUGCCCUCUUUGCCCACAAGUGACAAACUUCUCUUCCAGUGAUGCCCAGAUACCAGGAGGGAACCUUGAGCCUCCCAGGCAGGGAAGACUAGAGCCAAUGCCAUGUGUUCUAUCUAAUCUAGCUAGGGACAAGAAUUUUAAGAUUCUGGGCUGUUCCCUGCUGUGUCUGCUCCUAUCCCCACUGAUCCCCAGCCUUUGCCUCCCAACAUGUCUGCUUCCUACUUUUGUUGAUGGUGACUUAUGAGAAUUUCAUAAUUUUCUAGUGAUUAAAUAUUUAGCCAUGCAGCAUUUCAAAUAAUGUUAAGCAAAUGUACGCAUCAUUUAUACUGACAUCUCUUCCUUAUGAAAUGCUUUUAAGUUUGACAGAUGUCAGUCUUUUCUUAAAGAGACACUAUCUCCUUGUUCUAGGAGGUGGGUGCUCAUGCUCAGUAACUUCAGGCCAGGAAACAGUUUCUUCUAGAAAUCUGCCUCUGCUGUUGACCUAGGAACACUGAGUCUGAGUUUUGGAGCAGGAUGUUGAGACCCCUGUACACUCCCUGGUGGUAAUAAGUAGUAACUACACCCACAAUUCCAGGGCUCUCCAUUCAUCUUAGGGAUGUAUAAGUUGGUCAGCCAGGUGAUUUCUGCUGUUUUUGUGGACAAGGAAGCUAAGGGUUUGGGUGGGAAGGAGGCUUUAGUUUAAAAAUGCUUUAGGCUUCUGGUUCCAGUUUUCUGACAAUGCCUCUUUCAACUACUUCUCAACCCACCCCCAGGCCUGCUACCACUCCCCCACCUCUCAACCCUUACCCCAAGGGAUGUCGGAAUUAAUUAGCUUAUGGUCACUGUGAUCUGAAGCCUUGCCCUUUUUUUUUUUUAAAGAUAUCUGCAGAAUAAUUCCAAUGAUCGAUUUUUGAAUGAAUAAAGUUUUUGUUGAAUAAUGCAGCUGGUCCUAUCUUCUGUUGUAUAGCCUCCCUACCUGUAGUAAUGGGCCCUUACUAGGCCUGGUUGUUUUCCACUUUCUAGAGAUGGGGUAAAUUCAAGGUACCCUUCCCCUUCAUGAAUUCUCUUCCCUGCUCCUCCUCUUGGGAGAAUAACAUUGGCAUCAGACCUAGGAUCAUCAGUCUGAAGCUGAAAGGACCUUGUGGGCUGUCUAGUCCUCCCACUCAUUUUCCAUAGAUGUCUUUUGUAGCUCUGACAGUUCACCCUGUGGGGCAACAGCUUCAGAAUAUUUUGGUCCCAGCCCCAGCUCUGCGCAUAUUAGCUUCCUGUAUGACCAUAGGCGGGCACGUCACUUCCACUCUUGGAGCCUUUUCUGUCUGAUGGCAGUCCUAACCCCAGUCCCACCUAUCUCACAGGGUUGUUGUGGGGAUGCACUGAGAUGAGAUGGUGGACAGGAGUGGACACUUUGCAGAGUUGAAAAUGACAUGUAAAUAGAGAGCAUUGUAAAUAGUGGUUGUUCCCCCACUUAGGAGUUCUGUCUUGUUUGGAAGCAAAUCAAUAGGCUCUUUAAAAGCAGCAAAGUUUCCUGGUGGUGGGUGGGUUUUUCUUUAAUUUUUUUUUUGGUUGGCUUGCUUGCUAGUCUCUGCCUUCUUCCCUGCUGGAGAUGCCUUUCUGCCUGGAACCGUGUGUGUGUGUGUGUGUGUGUGUGUGUAUGUGAAUGUGUGUAUGUGAGAGUGUGUGUGAUACAAAGAUGAAAAGAUGAUAUCAUGGCUGUGAGUUGUUUCCAGGACCUGUUGUUUCAGGCUGCCAGAUGUUACAGAUGCUGGAUAGUACAGGUGCCUGUGUGGGUCAAAUUGCAUGCCUCACCCCAACUGCCCCAAACCCUCCCCUGGUGCUCCAUGUUGUUGUAUGUUGUCAGUGUCGCACCAAUUAAACACACUACCUGGACUGUC